AUGACAGCGUGGAUCAUCCUCCCCAUUAGCCUCUCUGCCUUCUCGAUCACUGGAAUAUGGAUUGUGUAAGAGCUGUCUUGAUUUCUGCCUGUGUUCUGCAUGAAUGACUAGCAUGGAAAGUGUGUGUGUGUGGCCGGCUUGUGGCUUCCAGCAAAUAAGCAGCAGGUUCUUUCUCUCCCUGAACUGUUGUUCUAUUUAGGAGAUUGCCAAAGGCAACUCAGCAAAUCUGUCCCAAAGCUGUGCUCUGAAUAAAAGUUCUAGCUUUUUGUGAUAGAUCUUGCUGACUCGAGGUUUUGCCCCAUUACAGUUUAAACAGCACUUGGGCGACACUUUUGAUUAUUCUUUACAGUACAUCAGGGUAUUCUGGCCAGGGUGGACCCUGUCUUUAUCAUAUAGGGCCUGAUUGCCUGACAAAAAGGCACACUGAUCACUGUAAGGGCAAUCUUCCCUUCUGUAGUAUUAUUAAGAGCUUUUGGCUGCUCUUCCUCACAGCACCAAGGUGGGAAAGCUUCCCCUUUGAGAAAUGUCAGCAGCUGUGGGGGUAGCAGCCAUGGUGCUGGAGGGACAGGCAUAAGUUCCACGAUAACAUCUUGUCUUCAGCUCUGCAAGGACUCAGAAAUAGGCUGUGUCCUUGGCUUACCCUGCAGUUCCCACCUGCAGCCACUGAGAGGAAGUUCUCUCCAGCCUCAUAAAAGGUGGUGUGUGCGCCACAACAUGUUUGCUGAAAACUGUGGCAGGGACCCUGCUGUGUGCUGUUGUACAGGCAGGCCAGUCUCCCCCAAAGUGGAGACUCACAGGUGUGUUAGGCACCAGCUCCCAUCAGCCCCAAACUCCUGGAGGGUGGCUGGGUUGGAGAAGCCUGUAAUACACCUUUAGCAUGCCUCCAUUUCAGUGGGGACAGAAUGGAAGGUGGUGCUGUAUGUUGCUUUUAUGGAAAGGGCUUCAAUGUUUCCCAACUCUUUGGGCCCCGGCUCUGGAUAGCCAGCUCAGUUAACAGCACUUCGGGAAAGUGCCCUUGUUUUUGGUCCCAGUUACACAGCGGCUGCCACUAAUGAUUGCUUGUGAUGAGGACUACAUGCAGCUGAGGAAACACUGCAGAGUCAUAGAAUUGUAGGGCUGGAAGGAACCCAAAGGAUCAUUUUAGUCCAACCCUGCAGUGUAGGAAUCACAGCUAAAGAAUCCCUGAUAGGUGGCCAUCCAAUCAUCUGUUUUAAAACCUCCAGUGAAGGAGAGUCCGCCUUCUUUGGGAGUCUGUUCCACUUAACGUCAGACAGUUCUUCCUAAUUUUUAGUCAGAAUCUCCUUUCUUGUAACUUGAAUCCAUUAAUUCAGGUCCCCCCUCUGGAACAGCAGAAAACAAGCUUGUGUCGCCUUCCAUAUAGCAGCCCUUUAGCUAUUCAAAAAUGGCUAUCAUAUCACCUCUCAGUCUUCUCUUCUCUCUCUCUUUUAUUUUUAUUUUUCAAAAACAAACACACUAAUCACUCACAAAUACAGAAAUACAAAAUAAUAACCAUAAAAAGGAAAUAAAAAUACAUCCAUGUGGCUUCCCUCCCCCAAUACUCAUCAUCCCUUAAUCUAUAAAUUCUUGUUUACAUUGCAUCUUAUGCAUCUCAUCCUUAAUAUUCUUAAUAUAGUAAUUUUUUCUAGUUCUACUUUACAAGCAAUCUAUACAUAUCGACAUGUUGUUCUUAGAACAGUGUUUAAUCAUACAAUCUUCAAAACACUGCCAUUCUAACCCUAGUUUCUGAUUUGUCUGGUAUCUUAUGGCUGCUGUUAACUUCAUUCACCAUUUCUAUAAAUUCAGAGAGUUUGCAUAUCCAAUCUUCUUUUGUGGGUAUAAUAUUUCCUUUCCAAUUCUUUGCAAGUAAAAGCCUGGCUGCGGCUGUUGCAUAUAAAAACAAUCUUUUCUUACCUCGUGGAAUAUCCUUUCCUACUAAGCCCAAUAGAUACGCCUCUGGGGUUUUUUCUGUAGAAAAUUUGAACAUCUUUUUAACCUCCUCAUGGAUACAUUCCCAAAAUUCUUUAACAUUUUCGCAGCCCCACCAUACAGUGGUGCCUCGCAAGACGAAAAUAAUCCGUUCCGCGAGUCUCUUCGUCUAGCGGUUUUUUCGUCUUGCGAAGCAACCCUAUUAGCGGAUUAGCGCUAUUAGCGGUUUAGCGGCUAAAAGGCUAUUAGCGGCUUAGCGGCUUAGAAAAAGGGGGGGGGAGCGAAAAAAAAUCGCAAGAUUCGCAAGACUUUUUCAUUUUGCGAAGCAAACCCAUAGGGAAAUUCGUCUUGUGAAGCGCAUCGAAAAACGGAAAACCCUUUCGUCUAGCGGGUUUUUUGUCUUGCGAGGCAUUCGUCUUGCGGGGCACCACUGUACAUGCAUCAUAGUCCCCUCGACCUCCUUACGUUUCCAGCAGAGAUUGGAUUUUAACUAACUUAUUUUGGCGAGUUUUGAAGGUGUCAUGUACCACCUAUAGAACAUUUUCAUUAAGUUCUCUUUGAUGGAGUAGCAGGCGGUAAAUCUUAUAUCGAUCUUCAAGAGCCUUUCCUACUGAUCUAUUUGAAUUGCAUGGCCGAUGUCUUGGGCUCAUUCGACCAUUACUUCCUUUAUUUCUUCGUCUUUUAGGUCCCAUUCCAGUAUCAGAUCAUACACUUUGGAUAAUAGUUUCUUAUUGUUUUUUAAUAAUACUUUUUGUAAUUUAGAUUCUUCCUUUCCAAAGCCUAUUUUUUUUAUCGGAAUUGAAAACAUUAUUUAAUUGGUGGUAUUGGAGCCAAUCAGUAAGAUGGUGCCUUAUCUCCUCAAAUGACUGUAAGUUGUCCAGUUACUUUCCAUAUUUAGUUUUUUGACUAUGAACGCUUCGAGCGGGGACAGCCACCAUGGUGUAUUUGGUUCCAGUAAUGGUUGGUAUCUAGUCCACACCUUAUACAAAGCACUUCUAACAAUAUGGUUGGUGAACCCUUGUGGACUUUUACUUUAUUGUAACCAAGGUAGGUGGGACGCGGGUGGCGCUGUGGUCUAAACCACAGAGUCUAGGGCUUCCGAUCAGAAGGUCGGUGGUUCGAAUCCCCGUGAUGGGGUGAGCUCCCAUUGUUUGGUCCCAGCUCCUGCCCACCUAGCAGUUCAAAAGCACAUUAAGUGCAAGUAGAUAAAUAGGUACCGCUCCGGCGCGAAGGUAAACGGCAUUUCCGUGCGCUGCUCUGGUUCGCCAGAAGCGGCUUAGUCAUGCUGGCCACAUGACCCGGAAGCUAUCUGUGGACAAACACCAGCUCCCUCGGCCUAUAGAGCGAGAUGAGUGCCGCAACCCUAGAGUUGUCCGUGACUGGACCUAACGGUCAGGGGUACCUUUACCUUUAACCAAGGUAGGCAUGCCACCCAUAUCUGUUAUCGAAGCUCUCUAAAUCCAGUAUGUCUGUUUUUUUCUAACAGAAUCCAGUCUUUGAUCCAAAUUAGACACUGUGUCAGUGUUCUCUUUUCUCAUAAGGCUUGAUUUCCAGACCCUUGAUCAUCCUGGCUGCCCUCCUCUGCACACCUUCUAGCUUGUAAAUAUCCUUCUUAAUCUGUGGUGCCCAGAACUGGACACAAGACUCCAGACAGGGUCUGAUCUAGAGCCACCUGUUCCAUGUGGGUCCAGCAGAAAAAAGCAAGAGCUGUUUGAUAGUGGAAUGGUCUCCCUUGGGAGGUUAUGGACUCUCCUUCGUUGGAGGUCUUUAGGCAGAGGUUGGAUGGCUGUCUGUCAUGAAUGCUUUAGAUGAGAUUCCUUCAUCCCUGGGGUUGUUCCAGAUGAACUUGGGGUGCCUUCCAGCUUUACAAUUCUGAUUCUAUGACAGAAGCACAGAUAUUGAUAGAACCCCGCAGAGACACAGGCAGACAGAUGGGGUGGAAAUGUCCCCACAGUGAUAUGGAGUCCUAACCCAAACACAAACCAUCUUCUGUGGCAACUACAGCCCUGUAUAAACAACCUGGGAGCAGGAAUUUGCUUAGCGGUGGGCGGGUUUCAAGCCACAGCAAAUCAGCUGGCCACUGCAACCUGUGAUUUGUGUAUUUGCUGAGAAGUUAGUGUUUUUGGCAUUGAUGUGGAACAACAUUACACAGGAGCCUAUAGGCCUGAAAGGCUGGUUUUGCGUGGUUUUCUUGUAGCGUUUUGGACAGGCAGCUGUGGCAGGGAAGAUAAGGCUGCCUACAAGUCUCUCCUGCUAUUAUGAGCCAUCAGCCCUCGGAUCUGUUCUGGGUUAGCCUUGCUGCAAUGGCUUCGUGUCCCCAAGGAAGCUCUCUCAAGGGAAGCAGCUUCCCUCCUCAGACAUACUUAGGUGCAAACAUAGGAAUCCUCUCCUGCUGAGAGCCUCGCUGGACACAGACUGCAACUGGCUGGAACUCAGUAGUAAUUUGUCAGCCUAAAAUUGGAGGUGGCUGCUGAAGCUGAACAUGCAGGCAAAUUGGAGAGCCACGGUUGCAUUUUUAUCUUGUCUCCCAGAUGCUUCUUUGGAACAGCCCUCCUAGCUUGGAUCUCUUCUCAGCAGGGCCAGUUUCCUGGGUAAACAACACAAAAGCAGAGAGCAGGCUGAGAGUUCCCAAAGCUCACUGGAUUGUGGAAAUUUUCCAAAGUCCUUUGUCUUGGUGAUGGAAAUUUCCAGUCUUGGGGGUGACACAUUUUACUGCUGCUUUAUUGCUUACCCUGGGGAAAAGCAGUGGAGCAGGAAUUGCAGUUCUUUGCCUGGGGCUGUUGAUGCUUUCCAGUGUCCCCUCUGGUCCACUCUGAACAGAUGGGAGCUUGAAAUGGACCCAGAGAGUGUGUGAGCAGGGCUUUGGGCAAACACUCUCAGGCUGGGAUACAAGGGAUUCCAGAGCAGCAGGUUUAAGCAGUUUAAGGAGCAACACCAGCUGCUUCCCAGUGCCCUUAGCCUUUACUGGCAUAUAGGGAAGGGAGAGGCAGAGUCCUUUGAAUCUUCCUUGGCUGCCUUAAAGACCUACACUGGCCCUCUGAUAGGUCAGGGGAAAGGGAGACAUUUGUCUUCAUCUUAGUUCCUCUUAGGGGCAACCCGAGCAGGUUUUUCUUUUUACUUAGAACAGCUUAAAAGAUGUUUGCUGCCUGUAAGCCUGAAUUGUUCUUGGCAUAAAAAGAAUGAUUUGAACACCUUCCAGAACUCUGUUGCCAUUCUUGUGCAUCCCGUUGUAGGCUUUUAAAGCUUAUUUGUUUGUCUGCUUGUGAGUUAUACAAAGCUAAUUGGAUGUGCUUCGCUUUUGGAAAGUCGGCUUCAGGUGGUAUAGGUGAUAUAAUCUUUGACAAUUGUAAUAUAAUUUUUAUUUGUUGAUCCGGCCCCAUUUGGCUGCUAUGCUCACACAUAGCAUUUCAUGUCCAGUCCACCCUUAACUGUAUUUUUCUGUUCUGCCUCUCACAGGUAUGCCAUGGCAGUAAUGAACCACCAUGUGUGUCCUGUUGAGAACUGGUAAGUCCUUUCAUAAAGCAAGAGGACAGAGUCCUAGCUCUGGGGGAGAGCAGCUGCUCUGCAUGCAGAAAGUCCCCGAUUUGCACCAUAGAAUCUCCUGGUAGGGUUGGGAAUGUCCCCUGUUGAAAACAAAUCCUAGAGAAUUGCUGAUAGAGUGUAGACAGAACUGAGCUAAGUAGACUAGUGGUCUGACCCAAUAUAAGACAACUUCAUACGUUCCUAGUCUUGUUAGCUUCUUAACAUUCCUUGUCCUGCAAAACUGGCCCAGUUUCUUGUUUGUACCUCUUCUUGGAGCACGUUACAUUGCCCGCUAACCUGUCCAAACUGUUGCAGGUCAUAUAAUGAGUCCUGCUCUGCUGAUUCUGCCAAGCAUGGAUACCCCAAAAGCUGCUGCACCUUGGAGGAUGUCCCUUUGAUCAGGUGAGCGGGGAAAGAAUUGUAAUGGAUUGCAGGGAGCUGUUCUGGGCACAGAGGCUACCCUUGCAUCCCUUGUGGGUGAACCAGUUCUGGCUGGAGUUCAAACUGGGCAUUGCCUAUAUGAACAUAAGAGCCUGUUGCAUCAAGCCAAUAACAGGUCUAAUCCAGCAUCCUGUUCUCUCACAGUGGCCAGUCACAUGCCUGGAGGAAACCUGCAAGCAGAAUUCAAGCGCAAGACCACUCUGUGAAUCUGUCUAAUCCUUUUAAAUUGUCUAAUUCUCUUUUAAAUUGGUGGCCAUCACUGCCUCUUGUAGGUGUGAGUUCCAUAGUUCAAUUCUGCACUGCAUGAAGACGUCUUCUUUUUUAUCUGCCCUGAAUCUUCCAACAUUCAGCUUCAUAGGAUACCCAUGAGAUCUAAUGUUAUGAGACAGAGAAAACUUUUUCUCUAUGCCAUGCAUAAUCUUAUAAACUUCUGUCAUGUCAACUCUUACUUGCCUUUUCUCGUAUUGUACUUGGCUUGGUCAGAAAUAGCUGUUUUCCCAGUUGUGCCAUCUUACAAUGACUUCAGAAGUCCAUCAGUUUGGCAACAUCCAGGCAAAUGUGUAGAACAAAGGCAUCUUUGCUGGUUUCUCUCAGCCAUGCUAACAUUCUCAUUCUUUUCCCCCUGCAGUAAAUGUGGCACGUAUCCUCCUGAAAGUUGUCUCUUCAGUCUUAUUGGGAAUGUUGGGGCUUUCAUGGGUAAGUGCUGCUUCUCCCCUUUCUUCACAUCUGGCCAGCAAGCAUCAGUAGACAGCAUCCAUUCCCUCCUGAAGCAUAAUCUUCCCAGGAUACGAGCCCCUGAGAUAGAGGCUUUUCCAGAGCAAGUGCCUGACCUUCAAGGGGCAUACAGGAAGCCGGCCUGGUUGUAGAGGAAACGGCUUCUGCUUGCCAAAUGUGGCUAAAGGUUGUCUUGUGAAGAGCCGGGGACUGAGGGAAACCCCAACCCACUGCUCAAGGGUCUGUCUUGCAUCCAGGGGCCUCCUGAAGGUUGACAGAUAACUUCCUGGAAACAUCCACAUCUGCUUAGUCUUUCUACACAUUUUUAUGCUGAUAGACUCUUGAGUCCAGGGGCUUUCUUUCCUUUUCCUUUCUCAAAGCAUUCUGCUAUCAAAAAUGUGGGGGAAUGGGGAGAAAUUUUAAACUUCUAUGACCAGGCAAUCAAAAGUGGUCUACACCAAGUAAAACUGAAUUCUUUGACCUGUGUAAUUGGAAAGAAUCCAUUUAACUCAGGCACAGGCAAACUCGGCCCUCCAGAUAUUUUGGGACUACAGCUCCCAUCAUCCCUAGCUAACAGGACCAGUGGUCAGGAAUGAUGGGAGUUGUAGUCCCAAAACAUCUGGAGGGCCGAGUUUGCCUAUGCCUGAUUUAACUUAUUGUGACUCUGAGUCACGGAAGACACAAGGGAACCAAAUCUUCCACCCACUGAAGCCUGUGUUCACUCUUGCCCCUGGCUGCUGGGAUUCCAGCAGGUAUUGCCCACAUCUUUGCAGUGGCAAGAGUGAGAAGCAUGCUUUAUUUUAUAAAAAUAAAAAGGUUGACAUUUUCAAGAAGUUGGGCUCUGUACCUGGGGCCAUAUCCAGUACUUCCACAGAAUUGCAGUGCAUAUAGAGUGUUGCUGCUAAUUUGUGGGGGCAUGAGGGGGCCCCCUGUGCUGCAUGGUAUGUCCAGUGAGUGUUGUCUCACAACUUGGAGCAGAAUCCAUGGUGCCCUCUCCUUAAUCUCUCUUGCUUCCCCCAACAGUGCUGGUGAUCUGUUUCCUUCGCUAUGGGCAGCUGAUAGAACAGAGCCACAGUUCCUGGGUGAACACAACUGCGCUGAUCACAGGCUGUACCAACGCUGCUGGCCUGGUUGUGGUCGGCAAUUUCCAGGUUGGCAGAAAUUUGGGACAGGGAGGGGAGGCAGCACUGGGUUUCAAAGCAGCUCCCAUUUGGGAGUGACAUAGUUGAGUUCCUUUUCACCUGGAGUGACCUCUUGCCUCUGGCAAGGCUGGAUUAUGGCCAUAGUGGGGGUGGACGGGGCAAGAAGCAGAGGACAGAGGAUUUUAUUUAUCCAGUCACCCUAGGCAAUAUGUACCAUCUGCAAAGGCAGCCCCACCCCACGUACUCUGCGUUGGAACAGCCUAAUGCACACAUGGAGGAGAUGCACUUUGGAAAGCUACUGACUGGGGGAUGAAAUGAGGGAGGGGGUGGCUUGAAGCGACUGGGGAGGGAGCCUUCCCCCAAAGCAAAAUUCUCUUGGCACAGCCAUUUUCACUGUAGUGAGGCUGUGCAAGAGAAUUUCCUUUGUAGACUGUGGCCCCUGCUUGCCAGCAGGUGUAGGGGAAGAUGCCAUUUGACUUGGUGAACCCAUGACACUUUGGCGGGAUGGAAGACUUUUCUUAACUGCCUAAAAAUAGAAUGAGGAGACCUGCCUUCUUAAAAAUAAUAAUGGGAAAGGUCAGGCUUCCACAAUGGAACAUGAUUGCUCCAGGACCUGUGUUUGGGCUCUCCUUGUGCUUUAGGUGGACUAUGCCAAAUCCCUUCACUACAUCGGAGCCGGUGUGGCCUUCCCGGCAGGCCUGCUUUUUGUCUGCCUUCAGUGUGUCCUCUCCUACCAUGUUGCCAUCUCUGUCCUGGACUUCUGGAUGGCACAUCUACGUGUCUUCCUUACCACUGUGGCCUUAAUUUCCCUUGUCCUGAGUAUCCUUUUCUGGUGGCAGGGGCCGGGCCACUUGGUGGCAGUGUUCGCUACAGGGGGACACCCAUUCCUCUAGAGAAUUCCCUCCUUUCUCACACAGGAUUUCCUUUCUCCUGGGAUAGGUGAUCACUUGAAGGGCUUCACCAUGGCUGUGUUAUCCUGUGGUUCUUCAGCUUGCCCUCUUCAUACCUGUGCUCCCAACCCUGUCCCUGUGCUUCUCUUCCGGCCAGAGACAAGAGGACCUGCAGCCUCCCCGCUAACUCCUGUCCCCUGACCAUGCUGGCUGCAAGGGCUGGGGGGAGUCUGCAUCCAGCAACAUAUGGAGAGCCACAAGUUUGCUAUCUAAGCUUUUGGGCAGGUAUGGGGAACCUUUGGCCCUCCAGAUGCCACUGGUGCCAAUAGAUGUAGUUCACAAACAAUUGGAGAGUCUAAGUUUUCCACACCUUAUAGGCAUUUGUAGUUUACACACACAAUUAAUUGCCUGGGUGUAGUUUCAGGAAGGUGCUCUGAUCCACUGCUUCAAACUGGGCUCAAGAUCUUGUUUGUUCAUGUGCUGGGAAGGGGUUGCAGCCAGCUAGCCAGCCCCUCAUCCUCUGCACACAUCCCAUUUGCCACAGGUGUCUCAGUUCCCUUUCACAUUUGGCCAAAUGUAUAGAUCCUUAAGGAGGUCACGACUUCUCAAACCAAAACUUUUUUUUACGCAGGUAACUUUAUGCAGUUGACUGCCAGCCAGUUGAAAUUACACAAAUUAAAUGCCUGGAAGGCAGAGAGCUUAAAAGCUCUUUUUGCACAGAGUUUCCUGUCACGGAAAGAGCUUUUAAGCUGCGUUUUGGUCAUCAGACUCUGGGAGGGUCUGGCAAGAUCUUGCGGGAACUUGGGUGGCUCUGCAAGAUCUUGUGAGAGCCUCCCAGAGCCCAGUAAAGCAAACCUUGCUUAGGGGCUAAUACCUGUUUGGUGCACCAGCUCCAGAUGGCAAGAUUGUUUUUGUGCCUAAGUGCCAUCUCUGGAGUGUAACCCCCUGCCAGAUGCGAGUUUGCUGUAUUUACAUCCUUUCCUAUAAAUGGAACCUUAGGAGGUGUCCAGGUGGUUCCUAAGUGAUCUCCCAUCCAGGUGCUGACCAGACCCAUCCUGUUUAGUAGUUUUAGGAAGGUGGGGUCCACAGCCUGGGCCUAUGGAGUCCUAAAGCACCACCAGAGCCCAACAGGUGGCUGUAUCAGUUCUUUCUGUCAUGUCUCAAGAGUGGACGGACUUCAGGCUUGCCAGGUCUAUUUGUUUUUGUUUUAAACUAUAAAUCCAGGAUAUACCAGCCAGAGCCAGGUGUGAAAGACUCACACUCCAAAUUAAAAACCGGUUGCUUCUGUAUAUAGACUGUGUAUAGAAUUUGUUUUAAGAAUUUUAAUGUAGCUGUCCUCCUCUCACACAAGAAAAUCUGCUGGUAGCUUUCUUAAUUUUAGCAGUAUAACUGAGGAGACAAACGUUACUUUGAGGCUAGAUAGGACUUGGAAAGCCAUUCUAAUCGAUUGGAAAACAUCCAGAGGUCUACUAGAGAGCCAGUGUGGUGUAGUGAUUAGAGAGUUGGACAAGGACCCGGGAGACCAGGGUUCCAAUUUCCAUGUGGCCAUGAAGUCACCUUGAGGACAAGCCAUUACCUCUCCGCUUAACCUACUUCACUGGAUUGUUGUGGGGAUUAAAAGAGGGGAGAACUGGAUAUGCCACCUUGAGCUCCUUGGAGAAAAAGUGGGGUAUAAAUGCAAUAGCUUAAAGAAAUGAAUAGUAAGUCCCAGUUCUGCCCACUCUUGCUCAAAGAGGGCAUCUUCUGCCACCAUCACAAAGCCAGCCAAGCCAACCCUCCUUCCGCAGGCAUGCCUACUUUUCCUUGACUCUCCCACAGGUGGAAUCUUCUUCAUCCACGAGAGCUUCCUCCUGCAGCACCUGGCUGCCAUCUGCGAAUGGGUCUUCGUCAUUGACAUCCUCAUCUUCUACGGCACUUUCACCUACGAGUUUGGUGCCGUCUCCAAUGACACCAUGGUGGCUGCACUGCAGCAUUCGAACAGCAGGGGGUGCAAAUCACCAGGCAGCAGCAGCACCUCAACUCACCUUAACUGUAACCCUGAGAGCAUCGCUAUGAUCUGA